AUGCCAUACCUCGGUGGACAUCGAUCAAUCGGACAAAGACCCUUUCCCACGAUACUGAAGAUGACUCUCAGUACCAUCGAUAGACAAGGGCUUGUCCAGCUUACGGUCAAAACGUGCUGGGAGAUGAAAGAUCUAAAAACAAUAACUUUGACCAUAAGCCCACUCAGACUCUUUCACGGCAGCCCAGUGCGCCAGUCGGCUAUUUUCCGUUUCAUCCAUGCCUACGCAGUAAACCCUCAACCCUUGUUGACUACGAGUCGCUUCAAGGAUCCCGGAUCAUGCCACGCUGAGCAGGAUUUGAAGGACUCUUCGAUGCUGCUGGGACAACUCCCGCAUAAUCUCGAAGAUUAUGAGAAGCAGCGUGUCUAA